AUUUCUAGGAAAUGGGACGACGACCGGCAAGGUGCUAUCGUUAUAUUAAGAAUAAGCCGUAUCCGAAGUCUCGAUUCUGUCGCGGCGUUCCAGAUCCGAAAAUUCGUAUCUUCGAUUUGGGCAAGAAGAAAGCUACAGUUGAUGAAUUCCCAUUAUGUGUACAUUUAAUGUCCAAUGAACGGGAGCAUCUUUCGUCGGAAGCGCUUGAGGCAGCUCGUAUUUGUGCCAACAAGUAUAUGGUGAAGAACUGUGGCAAGGACGGUUUCCACAUGCGCGUGCGUAAGCACCCAUACCAUGUUGUUCGCAUCAAUAAAAUGUUAUCAUGUGCAGGUGCUGAUCGUUUGCAAACUGGAAUGCGAGGAGCAUUUGGUAAACCUCAAGGCUUAGUUGCGCGAGUUGAUAUUGGUGACAUAUUGAUAUCGGUACGAGUCAAGGAGCAGCAUGAAGAGCAUGCAGUAGAAGCUUUUCGAAGGGCGAAAUUCAAGUUUCCGGGGCGUCAGCUUGUUGUGGUAUCAAGGAAGUGGGGCUUUACAAAGUGGGAUAAAGAGGAAUAUGAGAAGAUGCGUGAAGAAGGACGUUUGAUACCAGAUGGUGCAACAUGCAAACUUGUACGAGAGCACGGUCCAUUAUCGAAAUGGAUUCAUAAUCCUAUUUAAAAGUUGUUAACUACUUUCAUGUUUGUUUUUUGAAUAAAGUAUCUUUGAUUUAUAUCACUUUUAUCUAUGAUGUACGAGUCAGGUUUGAUCAGGGAACCAUAAGUUUUGUUGCAAAAAGUUCUACAAACUCGAGGAAGGGGUCCUAAUAGCGCAUUAUUA